ACCUCCUGCAACUUGGAUUACCCUACGUUUGUUUUCCGGAAGAAUCCAAACCUCCUCAGUCAAAAAGUUAAAAACAAAGAACAUCUUUUGCUUUGGUUUCUUAAGGACAAAAUCUGUCAACACCUUCUGGCUCUUUGUCUUUGAAGUUUCAACGUACGGAGAAAAGAGAGUAUUUUUGUUUUUUUUGUGGCAAUGAGCAAAAACAAAGGGAAGAAAAAAGUGAAAGCAGAAAAAGAAGAUGAAGCUGAAGAUUGGUGUUUUGUUUGUAAAGAUGGUGGGAAGUUGCUUCUCUGUGAUUUCAAGGGUUGUGGAAAAGCUUAUCAUCCCGUAUGUGUAGGAAAGAAAAAUUCUGUUUUGAAGUCUGAGGGUCGCUGGACCUGCUGCAGGCAUUCUUGUUCUGUUUGCGGCGGUCCCCCUCGGUUUUAUUGCCUCUGCUGCCCUGAUGCUGUUUGCAGGCUCUGUGCAAGAUCAGCUGAGUUUGUGUCUGUUAAGUUGAAAAAAGGACUCUGUAAAACAUGUAUAGAGGUUGCACUACUUGCAGAAAAUAAUGCAGAAUUUAACUCCCAAGGGGUCAAGAUGGAUUUUGAAGAUCCCGAUACAGAAGAGUUCAUGUUUAAAGGUUAUUUGGAGAUAAUAAUGGAGCAAGAAGACUUGACAUUUGAUGAUUUGCAUCGUGCUGCGUUGAAGAAGGAGAAUUAUGACAGUAGCUCAGAUUCUGAUAAGAUUGAGGAUGAAGAUGCUGUAGUGACAAUUUCAGAUGGUGAUAGUGAUACAGAUUUUGCUGUAAUAGAUAAUUCAUUGGGCAAAAGAAAGAAGUCUGAGGUUAGAGAAUAUGUUGGAUGGGGUUCAAAACCUCUCAUUAAUUUUCUAAAAUCUGUUGGCAUUGAUGCAACUGAAAAAUUAUCAAAAUUUCAAGUAGAUAUAAUAAUUUCAAAAUACAUUCUAGAGAAAAACCUUUUUCGUGAGCAAGGGAAAAAGAAGACGGUUCUUUGUGAUGAAAAGCUGUAUUCUCUUUUCCAGAAGAAACAGGUGCACAAGAACAAGAUAUAUGAUCUUUUGGAAGCUCAUUUUGUUGAUACUUUGGGACAGUCAAACUCAGAUGAAAACGAGAAUGAUAGUGGAAGUUGUUCAGGGAAUGAAGAUGAACAUAUUAUUGCAGUAUGCAAGAAGCAGAGAACAUUGAGCACUGAUAAAGUGCCUAUUGAGGAAAAGGUGGACUAUGCAGUCCAAAAGAAUUGUUAUGCUUCUAUAGUUGCUGAAAAUAUCAAGCUCGUGUACUUAAGGAGGAGCUUAGUAGAGGAGCUGUUGAUGCAGUCUGAUAAUUUUGAAGACAAGGUUGUGGGAAGUUUUGUCAGAGUGAAAAGAAUACAUGGGAACUGUUCCAUAAGGACUUCUUUUCAGCUUCUGCAAGUUACAGGCAUAAAGAAAACCUCAAAUGCCAAGGUUGACAGGGGCAUUCUGCUUGAGGUUUCGUGCAUGCCAGUUGAUAUUUGUAUUGACAUGCUUAAUGAUGGUGACAUCUCAGAGGAAGAAUGUGAGGAUUUGCGACAGAGGAUGAAAGAUGGUCUUCUCAGAAAACCUACAAUUGUGGAGCUUGAACAGAAGGCGAAAAGUUUGCAUGAAGAUAUAACGAAGAAUUGGAUUCGAAGACAAUUGGUCAGCUUGCAGAACAAAAUUGAUUUUGCACAUGAGAAGGGACGGAGAUAUAUGUUAGAGCGAUUUUUGGAUGAAAGAGAAAUGCUUAAGAAAUCAUCUGAGCAGCAACGAUUACUGCUAAAGUUGCCUAGGGUCAUUGCAGAGGAAAUUGAGCCUGAUCCAACUGCUAGGGAUUCUUCAGAAAAUAAUUGCUCAAAUGGGUCAGGCAAGCUGCAAUGUCCCGCAGUUAAUCAGGCUGAUGGUGGAGCUUAAUUGCAGAUUCUGGAUUGGCGAAGGAAAUGCUGCAGGUUUUUAACUUGAUUUUCUUUGAUGUCAGCAUCAUUUAUCAUUAUUGGUUUGUGCAUAAUAUUCAAUGGUGAAAUUUUCUGACUCAUAAUUCCCAUACAGCAAAUUUGGUUUUUGGCUUAGGUGAAUAUGGAUUACAGGGUUAACGGUAGCUGCUGUACAGUAAAUAGCAUAAUUUCAUCUAACGGAAAAUCCUAGCAACAUUCUUUUGGAAGUUGGUAUAUUCAACUUUAGGUGGUAAAAGCAAUAUGAUGUUUAAUAGUUUUUAAGUUGCC